CUUUAUAUAUUAAAUAAUGACCCCACAGCACACCAGUGUUCCACAAACUUCUGCUAGGCGCCAAAAUGGCGAAAAGAUACAACAUAGCAUAGAUCAGUGCCUACCUAUCAUUUUGUUAAGUUAAUGCGGUCCAGUCUUGAGAGUAUAGGAUACUUCUUCAUUGGAGAGUAUCCACUGGAUCCAGUUAAAAUUGUAAUUUUAUUCAUGUCAUUGUUUGGCACUAUUGGCAGUGGCACAAUCACUAUUUCAAAAUUUGGCACUAAAAUUCAAAAAUGGCAAACAAAAAUAAUAAGCACCCGUAUUUAGUAAUAAUUUAGUGGUUUACCAAAAUGACAAAACAAUAAAUGAUAAGUAUUAUUAUUAGAAUAACUGAUACAUAUUAAAUAAACUUACAAUGUCCGAUAAUUUGAAUAUAACGAAAUCCUCAUCAAGUAUUGAACAGUCCAGAAGACAUGAUGUUGAAGAUGAUGAGGAUGGUUUCCCGUAUUCAGAUUUAGCUGCUACGAGCGUUGUAUCAUAUAGAGCACCUAAAAUAGUUAAAAAUCAGGCUGAUGAAGUUAAAGGAAAGUCAUCAAAUGUAAUACGAACAGGAGUAACGGAAUCAGUUUGCAAUAUCCAGUUGGAUUCCCUAAUAAAAUUGAAAGAUAGUACAAGGAAACUAUUAUAUCUCCUUGAAGAAAUACAAUCAAAAACUCAUUCAAAGAUACCCAUUGGAACUCCCAAGAUAUUAAAUCUUGUGAAACCUAUUCCCACUCAACCCAUCGCGUCUGCUCUCCCUUCCGUCACAGAUCUUUUAGGUGCUAAUGCCCUUAAACAUUUAGAAGCACAAACGAGUGCUUUGGAAGGCAUUUUUGUUCAGGAGGAAGACGACGACUGUUCUAUUUAUAAACGUCUUACAAGAAAAUGCAAUUGUUUAAACCGGCCCGAAUAUAACGACUUGAUUAUGCAUUUUAACGAAGAGACAAAAUUCUUUACAAACACCCUUGGGGAAAUUAUAAAGAAUAUGAGAAUAUUGAAGAAAUUCCUCUACAUGAACGGAGAAUAUACGAAACAUGCUUUGCAGUUUUUAAACGAAGGAUUCACACAAUCCACAUACACUGAGAAAGUAGAGAUUAUUCAGGGAUGCGCUUACGCAGACAUUUGUAACUUGUUUGAAGAAUAUUCAAUAGUAAUCAUUUACAUAUCAUGGCCAUGUAAAUAUGAAAACUUUGGAGAUGCAGUGACACAGGAGCUAACAGCUAAUUUCCUAUAUAAACUUGUACAACUGGAGGAAGGAAGAAGAUAUUUGAAUUUAAGUACAAAAAUGACGAAUGAUAUAAAAAAAAUUAUAAGGAAAAGAGCUGGAAGAUUAGUAUACGAAACUCUUGAAACCCUAAACAUCGUAUUGAACACGUUGGAACCGCCAUUGUACCAAAAUGUUAAUGUAACAUACUACAGCAAACCUGUUGACGAAGAUUAUUUGGGGAGCAGAACAAUCAAAGUUCUGGGGUACAAUCGAAAACAUAUGACGUUGGAUGAAGUAUUUACCCAUUUGGAAAUUCUGAACAAUUAUAGCACUAGAGAAAAGGGGAAACUAGAGUUGACAUCGUAUCUCCCGGUAUUGAUGACAUUAUUCAAAAACAUGCUGAUGGAAUAUAACAACAGUGCGAUGAAUAUAGUUAUUACAAAUAUACUAAAUAAUAUUGUUUCAAAGAACAUGGUAAAGGACAGAGAAAAGGACCUGGAUUUGCCAAAGACUAUGGUAAUUGCUGAUACAGCAACAGAGACCAUUACAACGAAAAAUGAAUAUAAUCAAAUACCAGUGAAGAAAACCCCCAGAAAGAAUAAAAAUAAAUCAAAAAUCGGUCUUGGCCUAUCUCCUAAUAAAUUCAGGAAUCCAUCAGCACGCAAAGUUACGGAUUGGGAGCCAUCUGGGUAUUUCAAUCGAUCAAAAAAAUCAGUUAAUCUUAAUCAUAAUCAUUUAAGGAGUUCCAUAAUAGUUGUACCAGUGGAAAAGGAUUGAUAAAACAUCAACAAAAUUAUAUUGACAAAACAUUUACAUCACAAACAUGUUAUAGGUAUACAAACGACA